GGGUGAUAGGAUUCUGUUCCGCCAGCUUAGGGAGAGGCAGCCGCAGCAGAGGAGAGCUAGAGGCCAGCAGGGCUUUAGCUAGCGAGGCCACUGCUACAGCAGCCAUGGCCACUUCCGCUAUGGUAACCUCUGCACAGCAGACUUCCCAGGCCAGCAGUUCAGGUGUCGUCGGGUCAACGGUCGCGCAGACCGUGGGUCAGUCCACUGGCGUAAUGGCAAGCCAGGCAUUAGUGUUGACUCCAGAGGAUGUCGCCAUCCAGCAGGCAGCCCUGCAAGAGGCACAGCUACAGCGGGCAUUAGGAGAGAUAAAAGCGGAGAAGGAAAGGAUGAUCCGAAGAAGAGCCAGGAUGCAGCGAAGAGGAGCAGACAUAGAGGAGUUAGAAAUGAUGGACCUGACGAACAUGAAUGCUGAUUUGAGGGUAGUUAGGAAAGCCCUGCUAGGAGUAAUAGAGAUGCAGGAGCAUCAGACUACCAUCCUUCAGGACAUCCAACAGAGCCUAGCGAUUCUGGCAGGACGUUCUCAGGCGGUACCAUCACCGCCAGGGCCUGGAGGGUUGUCAGCAGGUCCUAGUGUACAGGUUCCAGUACAGUCAGUGGUCACCCAGACUCCGUCGCAGGUUGCUAUUAGUGGGCAACCAAUUGUCUUACAGCCUGUUCAGCCGCAGGGGUCUCAGCCCCAAAAGCAACAGGUACAGCAAGUUGUUCCCCAGAGUCCACAGCCUGGACAGCUGCAGGGACAACCGCAAUGGGUUCCAAAGACCGCCAUAGCCGCGCCUAAGCCUUUUACAGGCGACAAGCGAGGCGAAGACCUUGACACGUGGUUGAGGUCUGUGUCGGUUAAGCUUACCUUGCCGCAUGAGGAAGUGCUUGUGGCUGCCUCCUACCUGGAGGGUAGUGCAGCAAGAUGGUUGAGCGGUCUGGUACAGCUGCAGGGAUAUGGUCAUGACUUCCGCGCUUGGGCAGCCAGCCAAAAGCUGGUUGAUUUUCUCAAGUUAGUGGAGGAAAGGUGGCAUGAUCCUCAGGAGGCUCAAAAGGCCACUGACGCGAUCCUGACUUUGAGCGCUCGAUCGUUCAAGUCAGUUAGGGAAGCCACAGACACAGUAGAGCGUCUGAUUUGUGUCCCUGGGGUUCGCUAUGACCCCCAAGUCUUACUGACAACUUACCUGAGGUGUCUCCCGAUGCCAAUCAGGAAUCAGUUGGCAGUUGAGGCUAAUAUCAACAUGCACAACUUUCCCUCGUUUAACAAGAAGGCCCUAGACCUUGAAGCUAAGAUAGGGCAUGGACAUAACCCAGCGACGGACGGGAGAAAGAAGACCCUGCCUCCUAACUGGAAAGCCAAGGGUCGCAUUAUGUUUGUCGACAAUGAUGGGUCAACCAUUGAGUUGGACGAUGACCCCCAGYUAGGAGUAGGUGCAGAGGCAGGUGGCGAAACUUCAGAGGGUGGAGUAGUCGCCGCCGUAACCCAACAAAAAGCGCCUGAGUCGACCUGUGCCAACAAACAGCGCAUGGUAGUUAAUGACUACCUCCAGGACGUUGAGUGUCUGUUCCCGUACGCGGGAGGGGAAUUGAGGCAUCGUGUCUCAUUCCUGGUGAGCGACGAUCUCCCCAUGGAUAUCUUGUUAGGUAUGUACUCGGUUGCACAGCCUCAGUUUGACUGGGACCGAAAAGUGGUCAAACACACUUUACCAGGUGGAGGGACCGCCAGAUUACAUAAGUUUAAGGCUAGUAGUCUGAUUGAGUCCUAUGGGUGCAUGUGUGCGGCCGCAUUCUACAAUUACUAUAAGCAAAACCAGGAGGAGGGUAUGUAUCUAGUUUAUGUCUCUACUGCAGGCGAGCCGGUGAAAAUGCCGCCGAAGAUAGAGGGAGUAGUUGCCAAAUACCCUAAUCUAUUUGAAGAGCCGACAGGGGUUGUUGAGAAGGAGGUUGUCCACGCGAUAGAGAUUAUCCCAGGGUCUAGUAUUCCGAAGGGUAGGAUCUAUCGGACGUCUCCAGGCGAGCUUGAUGAGCUACGUCGCCAACUCAAGGAACUCGUAGAGAAGGGGUGGAUCCGGCCGAGUGUCUCUCCUUAUGGAUCUCCAGUACUAUUCGUACCUAGGAAGGAGGAGGGUACACUUAGGAUGUGCAUUGACUAUAGGGGCCUCAAUGCCAUCACUGUUAUGAACAGAGAGCCCCUACCGCGCAUCGACGAUCUGCUAGAUAGAGUGCAAGGGUGCCGGUACUUCAGCAAGAUAGAUUUGAAGUCCGGGUACCAUCAGAUUGCAAUCUGGCCCGAGGAUCAACACAAAACCGCCUUUCAGACCAGGUACGGUCUGUACGAGUUUGUGGUGAUGCCUUUCGGCCUUUGCAAUGCUCCUGGCACCUUUCAGCACGCUAUGAACCGGAUAUUCCAUGACUACUUGGAUAAGUUUGUCAUCGUGUACCUCGAUGACAUACUUAUUUUUAGUAAGAUUGUCGAGGAGCAUGUUGCACACUUGGACAAAGUCCUCAGUCUCCUGCGACAGCACAAGUUCAAGAUCAACGGUGAGAAGUGCGAGUUUGGCCGCAUCCGUGUCUUGUACUUGGGUCAUGAGAUCUCCGCGGAAGGGUUGAAGCCCGAUGACGCGAAGGUAGCCAGCAUUUGUGAUUGGCCACGUCCUCAGUUUGUGACUGAGAUGAGAUCUUUCUUAGGAAUGACAGGCUACUAUAAGACCUUCAUUAAGAACUAUAGUAUAGUGGCCGCUCCUUUGACUGAUCUGACGCGCCUUAACACCCCAUGGGAGUGGACAGACGAGUGCGAAGCUGCUUUCAGACAUCUGAAGCAUGCGUUGACGCAGUACGAGGUCUUGAAACUGCCUGAUUCUGAUAAACCAUUUAUAGUCACCACGGAUGCCAGCCAAUAUGGCAUUGGCGCCGUGCUCGCACAACGGGAGGGGCCAAAGUUGAGGCCAGUCGAGUACAUGUCGAAAAAGAUGCUGUCUCAAAAGUUGUCAAAGUCCACCUACGAGAAGGAACUUUACGCUGUGUACAAGGCUCUGACCCAUUGGAGACACUAUCUCCUUGGGAGAUUCUUCAUCCUCAGGACUGAUCAUCAGACUCUGAGAUGGAUGAGAACCCAGCCCGUACUUUUAGACGCCCUGAAGCGUUGGAUCGAAGUCAUUGAGCAGUAUGACUUCGACCCCCAGUAUCUGAAAGGAGAGUACAACAAGGUUGCAGAUGCCUUGUCGCGUAGACCUGAUUUCUCAAGUGCGCUAAUUACUGAGUUCGAUCUCACGAACGAUGUGACUCGCUCUUUGGUGGAAGCCUAUCGCGAGGACCAGUUCAUGCCAGGUGAGAGCCUGUCCAUGGACUUCAUGGACACGCUGGUCACCGGCAAGAGCGGCAUGAGACACAUCUUCGUCAUCGUGGAUAGGUUUAGCAAAUAUGCUAGGUUGAUAGCCAUGCCGGAGUCAGCAAAGACCGAGUACGUCAUUAGAUUGUUUAAAGAAAACUGGGUUAGGGAUUUUGGUCUGCCCAAAUCCAUAGUCAGUGACAGGGAUGUCUGUUUCACCAGUGAGCUAUGGAAGGGCGCUGCUGCUGAACAGGGGACACAGUUGCAAAUGACUUCUGGGAAUCACCUAGAGGCCAAUGGACAAGCCGAGCAACUGAAUCGCGUUGUGCAACACCUGUUGAGGCAUUACAUUAAGCCCAACCAGGUGGACUGGGAUGAGAAGCUCGCUCUCAUCGCCAGCCUGUAUAACAACGCCAUACACAGCGCUACCGGGGUGAGCCCAAACAAUCUACUACUGACCUUCAAGCCUAGACUGCCCUUAGACUUUCUCCUGCCUGAGAAUCAGUCAACUGCUGCACCAGGCACCUUGGAAUUUGCCUAUAGGUAUGAACAGAAAACGCAGCAGGCGGUAGAACAGAUGCAGAAGGCACAGGCUGCAAUGAUCGAGUCUGAGAACAGACACCGCCGUCCUUCUACCUUUCAGGUUGGGGAUAGGGUUUGGGUUAAGUCUGUAGAACUGGGACAAGAGCACGGGAUUUCCCGCAAACUCAUGCGCCAGUACUUUGGGCCUUGGGAAGUGUUGGAUGUUGUUGGGACUGAUCCGGAUGGGCCAUCGUAUGUUAUUCGGAUCCCUGGUCACCUCCGUACAUACCCAGUCUUUCAUGCUUCUAAGCUUGCACCGGCCAAGGAAACCGAUCAGUUUCCCUCGCGACGCUCAAUGCUGCCCCCAACCAUGGAUGGAGAAGUGGACAUUGAUGACAUCGUGGAUCACAGGGAGCUCCCAGUUCAGAGACCUACAGGCAGGGGACGUCCUCCGAAACCGAAGCUGCAGUACCGCGUACGGUUCCAACAUCAUACUGAUCCAAAGGAGGACCGCUGGUUUACAAGGGAAGAACUCAUGCAGACCGCACCUCAAGUUAUAGCCCAAUACGAGAGAGCUCUGCAGAAGGGAAAGCGCCCCACGAUCGAAGACUGAGCUUCUCAGAGGACUGUUGAAGCUAAGGAGGAGGGAACGCGAGGCUAUGCCUCUAUGAGCCCCGUUCAG